GGCCGGAAAGUGCGCUGUCGCUUAGCGACAGCGCAUUCUGUCUCUGGAAGGCUGAGCGGCGUUGGGCCGCCCGCUUGUCCAAUCGGAGCGCGGAUUUCGAACAGGUGGCGCCUGCGCCGGCCCGGAAGCUGGAGCCGUCGCUUGUUACCAGGGCAACGGUUUCGGUUCCCAAACGGCGCGCGGGCGCUACAGGUUUGGGGGAGGGGAGAGGCCGACCCGGGCUCCAGGCCGUAGGGCGCUAAAGUUCGUUAGCGGUUGCUCCUCGCCGGGCGGUCUCUUUGACAGUGGGAGGAUGGUGAGUUUGCAGCGACCCGUGUGGAGGAGCGGCGAGGCCCUGGGGCGAGCGGGAUGGGAGGGGAGAGCGGCGAGGCCCUGGGCCGAGCGGGAUGGGCGGAAGGCUGCCGCCUCAUACCGGCUGCAUUGUGUGCGUUGCCUGGUCCUACCUCAUUCACUCCUGGCGAUGGCAUUUGAGGAGUCGAUGAGGAGGCCUCCCCAGCUGAAUGCUGCCCAGCUGAAUCAGAAGAAGAUGAGGGAGUCCUAUCGCAAAGAUCUCCUCCAAUUGGCACAUGAAAAAAAGGUGGAGAGAAUCAGGCAAUUGGAGGGGAUGUUGGAAGCUGAGGAACGGGUUGAUCAGAAGCGACUCACAAGAUUGCUGAAAGAUGAAGAGUAUGAAAGGCAGAUGGAGGAAGCUAUUCAAAAAGCAGAAGAAAACAAAAAACUGAAAGAGCUGCAGCUGGAGCAGGAAGAAAGACUGGCAACUGAGUUGGCAAGAUUAAACUAUGAAAAACUUAAAGAUGAAAAAAUGAGGCAGCAAAUAAGAGAGAACAGUCUUGAACUUCGAGAAUUAGAGAAGAAACUGAAAUCUGCUUAUAUGAAUAAGGAAAGGGCUGUCCAGAUUGCUGAAAAAGAAGCUAUAAGAUAUGAGAAAAUGAAACGUGAUGCUGAAAUAUCACAAAAGAUGAAGGAAGAGCAGGAAAGGGUGAUAAUGGAAGAGAGUUCUGCAGAACUGAGGCGAAAUAAGGAGAAAAUACUUUAUCAGCAAGAACUGGAGAAACAGCUUGAGGAACAAGAAAAAAAGAAGCAGGAUGCUUAUGAGGAGUUCCUAAAAGAAAAACUCAUGAUUGAUGAAAUCGUAAGGAAGAUCUAUGAGGAAGACCAAAUGGAAAGACAACUCAAGUUAGAGAAAAUGAAAGCAACUCGGAGAUACAUAGAAGAAUUUAAAAAAGAACAGGCUAUUUGGAGGAGAAAGAAGCGUGAAGAAAUGGAAGCAGAAAAUAGGAAAAUCAUAGAGUUUGCCAACAUGCAGCAGCAAAGAGAAGAAGAUCGGAUGGCUAAAGCUCAAGCGAGUGAGGAAAGAAAACAAAAGCUCCAGAACAUGAUUGCGCAGAAUCUGGAAAGAGAGCAACAGGAGCGUGAAGAUCUGGAACAAGUGCGACAAGAGCUAUAUCUUGAGGAACAAGCUGAGGCAGAUAGAAAAAGGGAGAUGGCAGAAAUGGAGAAGAGAAUUAGGCAGCGUCUAGAGUUAAGGCAAACAUAUGAAGCACAAUUAGCCUUCAAGAAGAUAGUACUACAGGCUUUGCAAGAAGAAGAAGAGACCUUCAGACAGAAGAUGUUAGCCAAGUUUGCAGAGGAUGAUCACAUUGAACAGAUGAAUGCUCAGAAACGAAGAAUGAAACAGCUUGAGCACAGAAAGGCAGUGGAAAAACUUAUUGAAGAGCGUCACAAACAGUUCCUUGCAGACAAAGAGCGUGAACUUGAAGAAAGGCAAUUGGAAGAGAGAAGACAAGGAAAUAUUCAUGCAAUUGUUGAAGAAGAGAGACAGAAACUUCUUAAAGAACAUGCAACUAAAUUAUUGGGGUAUCUUCCUAGAGGAAUACUCAAAGAUGAAGAGGAUGUUAAUAUGCUUGGUGAAGAGUUUAGGCAGGCUUAUCAGAAGAGAAAAGAGGAUGUGUAUUCAGAAGAUAACUGAAAUUCCCCAUAAUUUGUUUUGUUGCAUACCACUAGAUGUCAUCUUAUUUCUACAUGCUGUUAAUGGUGAGAAAUUCCUGUUUAAUGUUCUGAGAAAGGGUCUCUCUUUAGUACUAACCCCCCACCCACUUCUUCCUUAGGCCACCAUUUUAGGUUUUAAUAUCCUCUUUGAUAUCUUAGGUGUUGGUUUGGGAACCAUGUGUGAACCAUGGCAGCCUUGCUGGAGUCAGGUAGGGGUAUUCCCCUAUUAAUACUUCCCAUUGUUUCCUCAAGAACCUGUAGUCUCUCAAACAGUAACUGAUCUUUGCCAUUGUUUCAGUUCCUGUUUUUCCCUGACAGCUUCCUCUGAUUUAACUCCUUGUAGUCAGGCAGGCUAUUAUUAACCAGGCUACUGAAUACAUAUAUUUAUUUUUUUAAAAAAACCACACAGCUUAUUCUGCACAAGCAUACUUCCAGCAUAACACUAAUUGGUAAAAAUUUACUUUGUUAAUGAGAUUGAGACGUAUUACUAGAUUUAAAGAUAGUCCCUUGACAGGACACUGUGGCAGAUUUGUGUUAAUGUAAAGUUAUAUUAAGCAAAUGUUUAAAAGUUGUUAAACAAAAAUGUCACAUUACUGACUUUGCUGAUCUAUGGAAAUUUACAGAUAUCAGCAUAGACACAGAGCCAUACUUCAGCAUGGAUUGUAUGAUUAUCUUAAAACUGACACACAAGUCAUUUAAAGAUGACUGUCCUGCAUUUACAUUAGAUUAUUAAAAAAUGCCAGUCUAAAUUUUGAUUUUUGCUGUUUUUCUUCUAUAUAGUUUGACUCACUUGGAAUAAGAAAACAGUACUGUUUAGUUUCACUUUCUAGUUCAUAUUACCAGAAAAUGUUUAAAAUAAAAAGCAGUCUACAUUUUGGGUCACAGAA